GACCACACGACUGUGCGCGCGUGCGCAUUUCCGCUCUGGUCACUAAGCAACGCCGUGUCAACCUCCAAACCUGAAACAGCGCCUUGUGUUAAAGCUUCAUAGAUGUUAAAUAUCGCUGGCUGUAACCACUAAUAUGUGGUGUUAAUGUGUUUACAUGCUGUUAUUUUGACAUGAGAUUUCAUUAUUUACAGCGCAGACUAGCGUGAACUGCAGCUAUAACUGCGCCAAACCAGUAGAAAAAACAAGAGUCGCUGCCACCUAAAAAAAAAAAAAAAAAAAAAAUCCAAUGGGGCUCUUCGACAAGCUGGCGGGAUGGCUGGGCCUGAAGAAGAAGGAGGUGAACGUGCUUUGUUUGGGUUUGGACAACAGCGGAAAGACCACCAUCAUCAAUCAGCUGAAGCCGUCCAACGCUCAAGCACAAGACAUCGUCCCCACUAUUGGAUUCAGCAUAGAGAAAUUCAAGACGUCAAGUCUGUCGUUCACAGUGUUUGACAUGUCAGGCCAGGGCAGGUAUAGAAACCUAUGGGAGCACUAUUACAAGGAAGGACAGGCCAUCAUAUUUGUCAUUGACAGCAGUGAUAAGCUGCGAAUGGUGGUCGCCAAAGAAGAGCUUGAUACUCUCCUUAACCAUCCUGAUGUCAAACACAGGAGGAUCCCCAUCCUGUUCUUUGCUAAUAAAAUGGAUCUAAGAGACGCUCUGUCCUCAGUGAAGGUCUCUCAGCUCCUCUGCCUGGAGAACAUCAAAGAUAAACCGUGGCACAUCUGUGCCAGUAACGCUGUCCAGGGGGAGGGUCUACAGGAGGGAGUCGACUGGCUGCAAGAUCAGAUCCGAACCAUGAGAACAUGAAACGCUCGUAGAAUCCCGAGAAAAAACACCAUGUCGCCGAUUCCACUUCACAAACCAAAUCUCCUUCACAGGGCACGCUGAGCCGUCUGUUCAGGAAGCUCAGGGUUUGGGAGUGUGAGAUGCUUUGAUUCUGUUGCACCUUUAUAGAUCGUUUGUGUUGAAAAUAGCCAGCAGAUUAGGUCAGUUUCACUAGUUGUACUAGUGUGUAUAAAAUAUAAUAAAUGUGCACAUAAACACAUUAUACCUCAGCUAAAAGCUGGCAAAGGUUUUACAUAUUUUUUUCAGGAAACCAAGCAAAACAGUCCACAAACUUAUUAUUUCAUUUAUUUAUUAUGUCACAUCAGAUUAAUGUCAUUGUUUCAGAGCAGGGAAAUAUUUACAAGUUACUAUAAGAGGUUUAGGAGGUAUUUCAUUCCGAUUAUUGUAUGAUCGUUAAUGUGUUUUUUUUUUUUUGUUUUUUUUUAAGUGACUGAUGUAGCAUUGUAAAGAACUUUCCAAGAGGUUUUGCUGGUGUGUAGAUAUCAUGUAAUAUUGGCUUACCAGACAUUUCAAAGUUUUAUUUAAUCACUGCUUUACUUAAUUUUAUAAUUCCAACCACAAAAAGACACUAAAAGAUUAUUUACAGUGUGUUGCAUAUAAACUCAGCUGUCCUGCAUGCUUUAAAAAAAUGUAGUUUUCUACUCAUUUUCUGUUUCAAAUCUGUCUUAUACUGUAAUUUAAAGAGUAAACGGUCUAUAAGUAAA